AUGCCCCUCCUCCGCAAAACCCUCGCCGUAACAGGCUGGACCUCCCUCGGAGCAGCCCUAGCCUUCACAAUCUCCACACGCAAAAGCACAAUCCACCCCGUCCCCGAAACCGACUACCUCCUCAGCACUACACUCUUCGCGCGCUACAACCCCAACCCCAAUCCCUCCAUGAGAGACAUCUGCCUCCGCAGAGUACCGCUCGACCGCAUCAAGCCAGAACUGCUGGCGCAAGAGGGCAGACUCGUCGAGGCGUUCUGUGGCGCUGUGUGGAGUGGGUGGGCGUUUGAGGUGCAGCGGAGGUAUUUGGCGCGCAAGUACCGCGGUCCCGAGACGGAGGGGCAGCUUUGGGAUGUGCGUGAUUUGGAGCGCAGUGCGUACGCGGUUGGGACGAAGAUUACGGAUCAUUUUGAAGUGCUCAGCAAGAACGACUCUUCUAUUAUCCUGCGAUGCGGCGACUCCCCGCGGGUGAAUGCGUACCGCGAAAGCGACGGGUUAUUCGAGCUCACGGCUGACGUGAAGAAAGAGGAGGGAGUAGUGGAGUUUGGGAUGAAGAGCGUCUUCUACAACAGUGUCGCACAACCAGAUGCGCAAAGCAAGCCGCUGCAAGAGCCCGUCGGACCGUACAUGCAAUGGGCGCAUCAGAAGUACACGAAGUUACUCAUGGAAGACGCGGCGAGGAAGUGCAUGCAGUGA